CGAAGAGUCAGCCCCUCCAGCUCCGGCACCAUACGAUGGCGGUAAGAGACAACUGCACGGUGGCGAACGAGCACCAUCACAUAUAUCAACACCAUGCACUACAAGCACGCCAAUAAGUACAACUACCUUGGAGGCUAUCGUAACUCCGAAAUUGACCAGAGGCACUCCAUCGCCGUCGCCUUCGUCGUCGACUCCAUGCACGACUACUCCAACUCCAUCCUCGACUCCGUGCUCCACGAGUAAAUUAGUGAGCACAACUACCAUGGAGGCCAUCGUAACUCCGACACUGACCAGAGGCACUCCGUCACCAACGCCGUCACCAUCGUCAUCGACCCCAUGCACGACGACCCCGAAAGUGACCAGAGACACUCCAUCGCCGUCACCGUCAUCGUCGACCCCAUGCACGACAACUCCAACUCCCUCUUCCACCCCAUGCUCCACGAGCACGACUCCGUCGAGCACAGCGUCCAGAGGCUUCAUCGCACCAUCACCAUCCAGCACCACCAUCCACACUCCGCCCCCAUCCAGCACACCGUGUCCCUCCAGCACGCUGUCCACCCUCAUCACACCAUCACCCUCCACACACAGCACCCCAGCACCCACAUCCGACCACCCCAAACCGCACAGUCCAGAAGGCAUCAUCCCGCAGCCACCACCACCCAGCAGAAGCCCUCCUCCACCUGCAGUCGUCACGCAACCCUGCACCACAAUCAUCACAAAGCCCUGCCCCAAAUGCGCCGACGUCACCACCGUCAUCACCCUCACCACCGGCGUGACACUGAUCUCCACAGUGCCCGUGGCAACGCACGAGUCCAGCCCUCCCGCCCCAUCAUCCGCCGUUCCUUCUCCCCCUACGACUGCGCUACCACCGCCCUUGUCCUCGUCCUCGCCUUGCACCACCUCCUCGACAAGGUCAUCUGCGCUACCUACGCCAAGCAAAACGACGAAGAAUAGUACGAGUGCGAAGACGAGCGGGUUUUCGCAGUCUACGGAGACGCCUGUGCUUGGGUCUGGAGCAGUGAGGAUGGAGGGUGCGAGUGGGGCUGUGAUGGCUGUUGCUGUUGCUCUUGUGGCGGGACUGUGGUUUGUUGCUUGACGGGAUGUGCAUUCUUGUUUUUUUUCUUUCGUUUUGAUAUCGACUGAGGGGUAUAUACAAUCCCUUCUUCGUCUUGUGCAGGGAUGAUUAUAGAUAUUUUUUUUCCCUUUGUAGGUUUAGUUUACUGAUUAAGAGGUAUAUAGGAGGCGGAGGGAGGCAGAGGAUUAGGAAGGUAACAGAUCAUUUCGGCGCGGGCAUUGAUUCUUUUCUUCUCUCUCUCUCUCCAAUAUGAGAAAUAGAUUACUGUUAAAUAGAUUGAUAGCUCCAUGGAAUAGAAAUGCAAAAAAUAGUUACAAAAAGCACC